AAGCAGCAGCAAACCGGAAGCGGAAGAGGUGAUGUUUUUGAGAAGCCGCAGUGACUCUGACAGCUCCGCAGAUUUACCGAGACCCCGUUGGACAUUUGUCUGAUUCGUUUGAGGAUUUUAUUAAAGGACGAUGUUGUAGAUUCUCCACCGCUGCGUUAGAAAAGAACAAACAAACAACUGCCGCUGUCGGUGAGCUGGAAUCAGAGCGAGACCAGGAAACAUCAGACGCACUGAUGAGGCUGACGUCCACUCGACACUACCCUCUGACCUUCCUGACCUGAGUCUGGAGUCCACACCUUCACUUCUUCGCUUUAAACAGGAGGGGCAGCGGUGAGUCCGGCCAUGGAGAGUCGUUGUAGCAGCAGCGCCGAUUCCCGGCUGACGGCCACCAGGGGGGGCCUCUACACCAGGGUGGACUCGUACGAAGUCGUGGAGAAGAAAUGCAUCUCAGACGUGAGGAGGACCUUCUGCCUCUUCGUCACCUUUGACCUCCUGUUUAUCACCCUGCUCUGGAUCUUAGAGCUCAACAUGAAUAGAGGGAUUCAGCAGAAACUGGAUGAAGAAGUUCUUCACUACGACUACAGCACCUCCUUCUUCGACAUCUUUGUGAGACCUUUAAACAUUUUCCGGUUUGCUCUCCUCAUUUUGGCCUACGCUGUUUGUAAACUGCGUCACUGGUGGGCCGUCGCUAUCACAACCACAGUCAGCUGUGCCUUCCUCAUUGUCAAAGUCAUUUUAUCAAAGCUGUUGUCUAAGGGGGCGUUUGGUUACCUGCUGCUCAUCAUCUCCUUCAUCUUGGCCUGGAUAGAGACGUGGCUGCUGGACUUCAAGGUUCUACCUCAGGAGGCUGAGGACGAGAACAGACUGCAGUCGUUGAUGGACGCUGCAGAGCGGGCUCCUCUGAUGGGUCCUGGUCCACUAUCAGACGGACAGUUCUACUCUCCACCAGAGUCUGUGGCAGACUCAGACGAGGAGCUGGACGAUAAACAGGAUCCAGAGAAAGUGCUGAUCCAGCAGAUCACCUGACAGGAACCAAAACGGGAAAACAAACUACAGCAGCUGACCUAAAGGAUGAUUCUGUUCUUCGAGCUUCGCAAAAAUAAAUAAACCCGACCGUGUUGUCUGACUCUGGCUAAAGGACAGUUUAGCUAUUUUUAGUGUGGUUGAAUGACGUAACUAACACAAAGCCAGCGCUGACUCGCUGCUCUGGGCGCCCUCUGCUGUUAGAACAAGGUAUACAGCGGCUCACUCUGUACUUACAGUGUGUCUAUUUGGCCAGCAGAGGGCAGAUCAAAUCAAAGUGUCAAAUCCCUUCACCUCAGUGUCUGACAGACUGAUCUACACACCGAAGACUGGCCCACACCAAAGUCCAUUGAAAUAAUCAGUGGUUUUGCUGCCCCCUGCAGUAAGUUAAAUGCAUGCUUCAGUGUCGCGUUGUUGAAUAAUUCUUCAUGUUUUGAACAGACUUUGGUGUGGGAGAGUCCGUGGUCAAACAUUAACACGACUGUUCAUGUCAGCGCUUCAUACAACCACACUGCCCCCACCAGGUGAACAGCAAUCACUGAACCCAAACCCCUCCAAUCAAAGCUCGGCAUCACCACAACGCUAACCUUGCUCACGCUGGAUCCUGACGUCAAGUUCGAAACAACACAAAAUCAGAAGUGACGGAACCUAAUGAAGAAAAUCAGCUUUUUACCCGUGACGUAGCGACGAACACCGUUAGCUCUGGGCUAAUCACUGCUCACCCUUUCACGCAUGCCUCUGGAAAAAAAAAGUGCUUUUGUUUUCAUGAACAUUGUUUGUAGAUUAUAAAAUAAUCAUUAAAAUGUCAAACAUUA